AUGAAUAAGAGUGGCAACGGGCGGCCGUCGCGAACGGUAUAUUUGGGGUCGAUUCCAUACGACCAGACUGAACAGCAGAUUCUGGACCUGUGCAGCAACGUGGGGCCAGUAACUGGCCUCAAAAUGAUGUUCGACCCGCAAACCGGGAAGUCGAAGGGAUAUGCGUUUAUCGAGUUCAAGGACCUGGCCACGAGCUCGUCUGCUGUGCGCAACCUCAACGGCUACGCACUGGGCAACAGGACGCUGAAGUGCGGGUACACGACCGGCGGCGGCAUCUCGGAGGAGUACUCGCUCAGCAACCGGGGAGAGCUGUCGCAAGUUGGGGGGAUGGGCCCGCAGGAGGAGCUGGCGUACCCGAACCUGCCGGAGGGCGCGGACGUGAACAUCAACAUGACGACGCCGGCCAUGGUUAUUUCCAGCGAGCUGUCGAAGCUAAGCAAACCCGAGCAGUUCAACCUGCUGGAGAAGCUCCAGGAGAUGUCCCGCAACGACCGCGAGGCCUUCGUCGCGCUGCUCAAGCAGUGCCCACAGAUCAGCUUUGUCGUCGCCGAGCUGCUGCUGACGAACGGCAUCAGCCAGAUCGACGAUCUGACUCAGCUGGCCGUCGACCAGACCAACGGCAGCGCCGCGUCCAAGGACAGCACGCCGCAAGUGGGGGAGGACGAUAUGCAAAAGCUAGAGCUGCUGAAGCAGGUUCUGCAGUUGACGGAUGCGGAGAUUGCGACUCUGCCUGAGGACGAGCGUAUGUCGCUCUGGGACCUCAAGCAGCGUGCCAUGAAGGGCGAAUUCGGCCCUAUCUAA